AUGCGCAAAAGGUGGAUGGCGAUCGCCGUCCGGUUGUUGCUGUUUGCGCUUUUGUUUGCCCAACAUGGACCGACCGCUAAGUCGUGGGCCACCGACGACGCGAACGGCUCGGUCUCUGCGUCGCAGUCGGCAGCCGAACACGAGUCCGUCGUGGACAAUUUCUUCGCCGCGUACUUCGAACAGCCCUGUUGCGUCCGUCCACGGCACGUCAGACACCACAAAAGUGAGUCGAUACUGAUUGUUUUCAAAUUUGCAUUAGGUACACAUGCGGGUGCUAAAAAGGUCGUAAAAACGUGGUCAGGUACGGUUAAGCGUAUGCUCACUCCCUCGCCGUGUCGAGAAACAUCUCGAGACGUCGUCGAAACCGCGAACAUAAUAUUUUUGUAG